GGGCGUGGGAUACCGGGGCGGGCAGGAGAGCGACUGGGUGUCUCGUCUAGGAGAGGACCUCGUGGCCUUCAACAUGGGAGACGAAAAGGAAGGGGGGAAAUGGAAAGAGAGCGCCAAGGACCCGGAGGUGUGGUAACAACAAGGUCGAGGACGGGGCGGCAUGGUUCAUGAGGAAAUGGCACAAGCAGGAGGCGGAAGCGUCCGCGAAGCGCCAGCGCGCGAGGGAAGCAGAAGCAGAGAGUACGGCCUCAGGACCGAAGAGAAAGAGAGCCGGGGAAGCGGCGGUGGGGGGGAAGAAACGGCGACCGGGCACUGCUGUAGAAGCGAGUAGGGCGGCCGAGGCAGCACGUGUGGCGAACUAUGUACCCGGCUGAUGCGGUUGCGCCCUGUUUCCCUCCCUGCUGUAUGCUAUACUCCUUUAUGUAUGUCCUUUGUAUUGCCUUCGGCCUCUGUGCUGUGUUUCUGUGUUUCUUAUUUUUCAUGACCUCCCUGCCUACUCUGCUGUGUUGGGUACCGUGAUCUCGCUUUGCUGUUGCCUUUGUUUUUGUACGUCUGGCUGUCUGCCCAUCUGCCGCCUCUUUGUCCUGUUUGCUCCGUUACUCCCAUGCCCUGGUGCGUAGUGCCUGGUGCUGGUACGUUACCCUUUGAUUUUUUCUUCGGGCGGGUGUGGGAAGCGUCCUCCUCCUUUAUUUUUGUUUUUGUGUUAUUUUGAGCGGUUUCCGAGGGCUCUUUUCUCGAACGGUCGGUGCGAUACCUCUUCUUU